GUUUAGGCUGAUUAUAAUUCAACGUUCCAGCAGUUACAAGUUGCGAACCCAGCGAAUAUCCCUUCCCCGUACUGUGAUGUAUAAUAUUAUGCAAUCACUUUUAUACCUGGAGAACCUUUGACAUUUUUGCGCGCGCGCGCGCGAACAAACGACGAGCGUGUUAUGGCGGUCACGUGGACUGUGAGUGUCGGGUUUCGAGGUUAGUCUUUGUUUGAAAUUCGUUAUUAAGGGUGUUGUUGAAGUGAGGAAGAUGAACGCUGAUGGGUCUGACAGCGAGAGCUCGGACAGUAGUAACGAGUUUAUGGUAGCCCCGGAUAAGCUGAAGUCAAUAUCACCGUUUUUCACAAAACCUACUCGAAAAACAGCGAGCGUACCAAAGAAGCUCGAAAGUUCGGAGGAGUCGGAUUUUGAUUACGAAAAUGAAUCCCACGGUAACAAUGAUGACCUCAUGGCUCAGGUCCUCAAGAACCUUGAGGCGACGAAGAAAAGUCAAGCGAUUCAAUCUGAUCAGAGCAGCGCGGAAAAACCUGAAAAUACCAAACCAGUGAAAAAAGAACUCACCAACGAAAUAGCUGAUCUUCUACUCUUGGGAGAAACUGGAGCGACAGCUUCAACUGCGGAGCAAGAUCAGGACGAGCCGGACGAAGAAGGACCAGCUGAAGACUCCGCUCCGUCUAACUACAGCAUUCCAAAAGAAGGGGUAAAAAUAACCCUGGUCGAUUCGAAACUGAUUUUCAAUCAGAGGAAGAAGAAGAAACAGGAAACGCUUGAAGAUUUGUUGAAAAAGAAAUUGAAUCAACAGCUUAGGUCCAAUCAAGUAUUGAUACACAAAGUAGGACUCCUCUGUUGGAUGGCGCAUGGUUUUUACGUAAACAAGCAAAUUAACAAUCCGAUAUUACUUGCAGCUGCACUAAAAUUGGCACCGAAAAACUGCUACCCAAAAGGCAGGGUUGAUCUGUCUUAUCUUGAAAAAAUCACCAAAUGGUUUCAAGGUGUGUUUACGUUUCCUACGGGCAAGCCAGAGUCCGGCAUUACGACGCUGAAUUUAUUGAGGAGACUCAAAGACAAAGAGAUCCACAAUUAUCAAGAACUCGUAUUACUCUACGUAGCAACGCUAAGAGCCUUGGGGCUGACCUGUCGCUUGGUUAUAUCCCUGCAACCCCCGGCUCUUAAAGUAACAAAAGAGCAGCUCAUCGCCCCAGAGUCUUCCAAAGUGAAAGAUGCAAAGGUAAAAAAGGAACCGAAAAAAGAAACGGCCACCAGAAGCCCAAAAAUAUCACAAGAAACGAAAAUUCCUGGACAAGAAACAGAAAAAGGAAAUAUAUCAGCCAGGCUUCGCAAAGCCACUGAGGCCAGGAGAAGGGCAGCUGAAAUUCUAAAAAGAAAAAAAAGUACGAAUUCAGAUUCUGCGGAGGAUGUUAAACCACCAGCUAAAAAAUUGAGAUCAAGAACGGUGACUGCCGCGAUACCCGUUGACAAGAAGGGCAAAAGGAACUCUGAUAAAGUAAAAAACGACAAAGAGGUGACUGAAAAAGGUGGAAGAAGUUUAAGGUCGCGGGCAAAAACAGCUGAUAAGCAUUGGCCAAAAGAUGAGGAUACAGAUGACGACGAUGAUGAUGAUGAAUACAAAAUGGAUGAUGAUAAGGAGGAGAAUGAGGAUGGCGAGGAGGAUACGGAUGAUGAACCAUUUGAAAAAACUCACAGGUCAAAGCACAAAGCAUCAGCUUCCAAGCAGCGUUCUCGCAGUCAGAAUAAAAACACUGUAUCUAAAAUUAAAAAACAGUCAAAUACAGGUUCAAGGAGAAGCUCAACCGCCAGGAAGCUGAUAUCGUCUGAUGAAGAUGAUGAAGAGAAUAAUGAGAAGCCAAAGAAAGUGAAAAACACAAGGGAUAUGUGGGCAGAAGUUUACGUUGAAUGCGAGGAAAAUUGGAUAAGCGUCAGCGUACCAGAUGCAAAAAUUCAUUGCGUUGCCGAUCUAUACAAAAAUGCUACGGAUCCAGUGCUGUACGUCAUGGCCUUGAAUUCUGAGGGUCGAGUCAAGGAUGUAACACGUCGAUAUUGUCCCCACUGGCUGACCGUGACCCGCAAACAACGGAUCGAUGAAAAGUGGUGGCUAGAAGCCCACACUCCUUGGAAAGAACCUGAAACAGCCUUAACAAAAGCAGAGGAUGAGAUGCUCAAGCAAAAGGAACUGGAACAACCCCUACCAAAGACAGUUUCGGAGUGCAAAGGUCAUCCUCUGUACGUUCUGCCCAGACAUCUUCUCAAAUUUGAAGCCUUUUACCCGCCGGAUGUCGUUCCACUUGGUUACGUUCGUGGCGAGCCUAUAUUCUCUCGUCAUUGUGUUCACACAUUGCGCUCCCGCGAAACGUGGAUCAAAAGCGCUAGGGUAGUGAAACCAGGAGAGAAUUGCUACAAAGUUGUUAAAGCAAGACCAAAAUAUGAUAAGCUUUCAGGUGCCAGGCUGAAGGAUGAGUCUCUGGAAGUAUUUGGAAAAUGGCAGACAGAUCCGUACGUUCCACCAGAAGCCAAGGAUGGGAUUGUGCCUCGGAAUGAAUAUGGAAAUGUGGAUUUAUUCAAACAGUGUAUGUUGCCUAAAGGAACUGUUCACAUUCAGCUUCCAGCACUGAACCGCAUUGCAAGAAAGUUGGACAUUGAUUGUGCUCCAGCUGUGGUGGGCUUCAAUUUCGGAGGACAUGGGGCGCUGCCUGCUUUUGAUGGAUUUAUUGUUUGUGAGGAGUUUGAAGAUGUUUUACGGGAGGCUUGGGAAGUGGAACAAGCAGAGGCAGAUAAGCGUGCCAGAGAGAAAUACGAGAAGAGGGUUUACGGAAAUUGGAGGAAGUUGAUUAAAGCUGUUUUCAUCAGAGAACGACUAACAGCUAAAUAUGAUUUUAAUGCUGACGAAGAAAAAGAAAAAUCCAGCACAUCCAAUAAGCAAACGAACAAACGGGUAAAACAAACCAAAGUUGGUGGGAAAAAAACAAAGGUUGACAAAAAAAAAUAGAUCAUAAGUAAACGUGUCAGCUCGUUGAUCGUUGCGGCACUUUUCAAAGAUUACGAGAAAAAUUCAAUUAUUUUCCUCCACACCUUUAUCGCCAAAGUAUUUUUAAAAGUCACAAAUUACUUUUCCGUACUUCGGCAUUCUAUAUUGUUAAAUUCUAUAAAUUAAACUUUAAAAACUUUAAAAGUUCGAUAUUGUGGCCCUUAUAUGUUUUGAUCUUUUUAUUUGUUUACCCUGACCUUGUCAUAGUCUGUAAAUAUCAUUAAAAAUGGUCUUUUUUUUUUUUACCUCAACGUCUUCUAUAACUCAUAGUUUGUAAAACACAGUUAUCAAGUAUGUAUAGAAAUAGCUGGGUAUUGAAGAAACAUGCGCCACGAAUGUUUUCUUGUUCUUUUCACCAAUGUGGUUUGAAGAUACACCGCAAGCAUCAACCACUAUUGAAUGCCAAUUAUUCGAGUGCUGCCUGUUCCAGUUAUGUAGUUAUAUAAGCACAAUAAUAUCGACUGGUAUUCUUCUGAUUUGUUUUUAGCUUGAAUUUCAAACAGAUUUUACAAUAUAACGGCUAUAUCUUUCUUAGAAUUAUGCUCAACACUUUCAUUCUAAGACAAUUAUGCGAAAUUAAGUAAUACUUUGUCCGUUGUACAAUCUUUCCUGAAUUCAUCAUUGAUACAGUUGACAUGCUGUGUGCAUGUACUUGGUAUUAAACAAAUAAAUACAUAUAAUUCACUAACACCUCAUAUAUUUCUCAUAUUACCACGUCUCCAUAAAAAUUACCCAACGACAAGAAUAGCUUUAAAAAACCGCCAACCGCUCUUGCCUCAUUACUAAGUAGUAUAUUUAUAACUUUAACACGUAUUGCGACAUAUGGUAAUUCAGAAAACAAAUGUCAUUUUUGCGCUGAAAAUAAUGCAGGCACAGUGGAAAUUUUUCCACGUGAAUAGAAAUGAUGUUUUAAAUAAACACCGUAAUAGAAAUGGAAAACAUCAGACUAAAGAGUGUACAUUUUAUUACACUUAUAUAUUCGGUCUAAAUUAGUUAACAACAAUUAUUCACAUUUCCCUAUACAAAUACACAUACUUACACAUUCUAUAUUUAAUUAAUAUAAUAACGAGACCAACUGCAAUACGUCAUCAAUCGUUUACACAGCCUAAUAAACUUGUAAGUAGUAAAAUAUCAUCUAAUCGAGUAACGCUUGCGAAUCGCGUUCAUGUAUCACAUAAAGUAAAUUGUUUAAUACAGCACGUUUUUGAAGCCAGUAAUAACCCAAAUACCAUCAAUUCUUACUAGCAUAAUUUAACCGUCGACACUGAUUGUGUGUAUUGUUAUUAAUGCUUGAUAUAAAGACUUAUUGAAUUAUUUCACAGCUAUUUCGAAUAACUGACAGUUGUCAAAGCAUAAAUUUUUUAUUAACAUACUCGGAAUUCGGAUUCCGAAUAAAUAUUUCAAUGAGCUUUCACGCUUCUUGACUAUAAUCAUGAAUUUAUGACUUUCAAGUUUAAACUACAUUGUCAAACUGAUUGAUCAUCUAUGUAUAUGCACAGUACUGAGCAUGCAUUGAACAAGUACGCGUUUCUAUUUUAGGGAGACCAAAUCGACUAUUUCUUUCAAUAUUUUCUCAUGCAAUAAUAAUUUCGAGUUUGAAUAUUGAUUUGAUGUAUAGUAAAAUUUAUGUGUUAAAUUUUAUAUAACGUAUUAAGUUUAGAGAUCUAUAUUACUAGAGAUAGAAAAAUAUUUUAGUGACAAGUUUGAGAUUCUGGCUAACAAACAGCUCAUUUAAUACAUUCUAAGUAGAAUCCGCGUUUGGUAAAUUAUCUUAUUCAAUAGAAAAUGGAAUAACCGUUAGAGUUCCAAUCAUGAAAGUUGCCUUGUUCUCUAAUUGCUUAUGAAGAACAAUAUUUACGGUUUACUUUUUUAAAUUGAAACAUAACUUUAUACUGUAAUGAGUUCUAUCCCAUCUACAUCAAAGUAACACAAUAGUUUAUCUAAUACAAUAGACGCUCGAUUUAAUCAUAUGUAUUUCAUGCAUCAAAGCAACAAGGAUAUAUUUGAUCCAAACAAAGCUUCCAACCCUUACCAAGGUGACACCAUCGCGAAAUUUGACUCGUUUGUAGUAAAAUCGAUCAAUGAUAAGUAGAACUUACUCCAACAGCCUUGUAGAGCUGGAGGUAAAAAAAAAAAAAGAAACGUAACAUA